UUCACGUUUCCGCCGACUGAAAAGCCAACGGGAAACUUGUAGUAGUAACGGGCUGAGCAGGAAAAGUGUUAGCUUCUGUCAUUUUUGACCUUCGCUCUCUCAGUGUUAUAUGUUUUAGACUUCCUGACUGUAGGUAGAUUUGUAUCCUCACAACCAACCAGCCUUUGGCCACCGCGCCGUCACGUCGUUUGGGCGGCUGAUUGUGGGAGGGACUGAGGAGUGACCGCGGCGAUAAGGCUGCCCUGCCCUUUAAAAGCAGCUAUAACACAGGACUAUCAACAAGAGGCUGCAUGUCUGUAGUCUGCUGUUGUUUUUAGCUUUUAUAUACAGCAUAUCAACUAUCCGGACUGAGAGAUGACCAUGUGGCUGCCUAUGAUUGGGAUGACGGCGUUGCCACACGUCGGUGGUUUCUAUGGUAGCUUCAUUACACGCAAAGAGGUAAAAAACUGGUACCCAACCCUGAACAAACCCUCAUGGCGCCCACCAAACGCAGCAUUCCCUGUGGUGUGGACUUGCCUGUACACCGGAAUGGGGUAUGGCUCCUACCUGAUCUGGAAAGAGCUUGGAGGUUUCACUAAAGAUGCUGUGGUUCCACUGGGGCUUUAUGGGCUGCAGCUCGCUCUGAACUGGGCCUGGACUCCCAUUUUCUUUGGUGCACACAAGCUGAAAUGGGCCCUGGUGGAGAUCGUGUUUCUCACGGGGACGGUUGGAGCCACCAUGGCGUCUUGGUAUUCCAUCAGCCGCACCGCCACCCUGCUCCUCGCUCCCUAUCUGUCCUGGCUGUGCCUCGCCACAGCCCUCAACUACUGCAUAUGGAGAGAUAACCCAGAGAAAAAGGAAGAGUAGAGCAAUGUGUUUGUUUCCAUUGCUAAAUCUUGGCUCAUUACUAUAAAUUCCUUUGCAAAAAAUGACAGAUCAGUUUCACAGCUACGUUUUUUUUUUUUUUUUUUGAGUUUAUGAUUCACCUCUUGUCUAAAAGUUUGACGAGGACCUGGUCUAUAUUGUUAUUAGCAUAUUUGUUCUGCACACCACCGUGUUCUUCAAUCUAACUCUUAAAAAUGUGCACUAUUCCUGUCAAACUAAAGAACAAAUGAAAGCAUAGUACAUUCUGAUCAAAGCUUUCCAGUGUCCAGCUUACCUCAGGAUCCACAUUGGAACUUAGUUGUGGUAUAUUUCUGUGCUUCCUUUGGUAAACUUUUUUUUUCCAGUCACGCUUUUCCGAUUAACAUUUAUGCGUGUAAAAGUUUGGUGUUCUAAUUUGCAUGUUUUCCCAUUUGUAAAUAAAAUGAGGUUGUUUUUUUUUUUAAGCAAA